GCAUCCGCGAGCGCGUGGUUUUCAAUUCCUCAAUCAUCUUCAGAUCACAGCCCCUGAAUAAUUUCUCUCCUCCAAGAGAGACCAGAGAAACAGAUCGUAUCAUCGCAAUAAGCGAGAGAGAACUAGAGAGAGAGAGAGAUAGAAUGUCUGGAAUGGUAGAUGCGAGCUCGUGGGGCGCAGCGUUGGUAAGGAUCUCGCCGUACACAUUCUCGGCAAUCGGAAUCGCCAUCUCGAUCGGCGUCUCUGUCCUCGGCGCCGCCUGGGGGAUUUACAUCACCGGGAGUAGUUUGAUCGGUGCGGCCAUUGAAGCUCCUCGUAUCACUUCCAAGAAUCUCAUCAGUGUAAUCUUUUGCGAAGCUGUAGCUAUAUAUGGCGUCAUUGUUGCAAUCAUUCUGCAAACGAAGUUGGAGAGUGUCCCGUCUUCAAAGAUGUAUGACGCUGAGUCUCUUAGAGCUGGAUAUGCAAUCUUCGCGUCUGGAAUCAUAGUUGGAUUCGCCAACCUUGUAUGCGGGUUAUGUGUAGGGAUCAUUGGAAGCAGUUGCGCAUUGUCAGAUGCUCAGAACUCCACACUCUUUGUGAAGAUUCUUGUGAUUGAGAUCUUCGGAAGCGCUCUUGGUUUGUUUGGAGUUAUUGUGGGGAUCAUUAUGUCCGCACAAGCAACAUGGCCGACCAAAUAGACACAACCCAUCCAGUCUGCAACUCUGGAAAAAAGAUUGUUUCUUGAUUAUCUUCAUUGUUAUAUGGGAUACUCUCAUGUCUAGAAGAAAACCCAGUGUGAGAACUGAAAACCUCUUUUGUAUCCCUGAUUUUUUUUUGUUUUUGUAUUUUUUUAAAAACCUUUGGAAUAAGCCACUUUGGAGAACAUCUUCUUGUUUGUAUUCUCUUUUAAUCAAAGACGAGAGUUUGUAUAA